CCGGAAGUGUCGGUUUAGAAAGGCAGAGUCUGGGCAGCCGUCUUUCAUCAAUUUAAAAAGAAAGAGAAAAGGAGGAAAUGUCUCAAUGGUUUUAUGUGUUUGCUGUCGGUUUAGGCUUGUUGUGGUAUUUUUCAGAGUUCGGACAAUUCUUGGUCCAGGUGUGUUGCAGUGCCCUGUGUUUUCUUACAAUCUUUCUAAUUGGAGGUAAGAGCAAACUCUGUGAAAGCAGCACGCAAACGGAAAGAGUCGCUGAUGAAGAUAUAUCACAGUUACGGCACAAAAGUGAGACUGGCCAUAUAGUUGGCAGUGAUGAACCAGACACAGCAAUUCGGACUGUACAGAAAGCAUCACAGCAGUCACGGUUUCCAAAUAUCCAGAGGUCACUUCAGCACAUGUUUAAGUGUGUUUACACUCAUCUGGUCCUGCCAUGGAGCACUUUUCCAGAACUUGGAAACAAGCAGCCUCUACACACAGCAUUUCUCAAAGAAUUCAACUUUGUCAUGGAUGAGAUCAUUUGCAAGGCCAAGGACAUGGAUCUGUCAGUUACUGCUCUUGGCUGCAUACAGAUCCUCACCAAGCACCUUCACAACACAAAGCAGUCAGAAGGGUCCCCUGCAUUCAGUUCUAAAGCUGAAGAGAUUGCUGAAGUUAGGGAUUUCUGCAGUGUCCUGAUACACAACCUUUUGCCAAAACAUCUCUGGGAACCAAAUGUCUACUACUGUGCCCUACAAGAAAUUCUGGCUUUGAAAGUGCUGGCCUUAGUGACAUUGCUCUCUGACCCAGACAACGUGAACCACCUAAUUGUUUCUCAGCUAGACCAAACACAGAUGGAAAUCCUGAUAGAGGAAACUCCUGACCAGGACAGGGACAUUCUUUUGUCACGUCUGAGUGAGAGUAGUGAUGCGCUGCACAGUGAGACAGAGGACCAUCCAUGUGAAGAACACAAAGCUAAAAAGAAAGCCAAAAAAAUUAAAGAGAAAUUUUCUCAGGUUUUCAGUUUUGUAAACCCGAAGAAAACCAAAUUAAAGAGUAAUAAGAAAAAAGUAAGAGAGAAGCCUAUGUCAUACCGCAGGCCUGCAUUAAUAGAGACUGAUUGUACAAACAGCAACGAGGGCUCCAUCUGUGAAAGUAUCGACGAUAAUUUGGAAAGUCUUACAUUGUUCAUAGAGGAGGAGAUGAUGGAAUUUAAGCUUUCCUACGAGAUGUGGAGGGCUGGAAAUUGGGCAGUUACUGUCACUAAUGUCCAGAUGGAAGAAGAUGAGUUGUGUUUCACAUUUCAUUUGGAGGAUCGCAACAAUCCUGAGAACUUCCACUGGGAUGUGAAAAGGAACCAGUCAGUCGUAAUCGAGUUUUAUUAUCAAUGCAAGAAAAUAGGACACUUGCCCUCUUUAAUGACAAUAGCGGAGAAGCCAAAAGCAGAGUGGAAUAUGGAAGAAGCACGAACAAUUUUGGAACAAUCCUUACAAGAUCUGGUGGCGAAUGAAGAGUUUGGCAACUCUGAGCUUGUGUUCAAGUUCCUUGGUCCACUUGACUGGAUACAGCAUGAAGAAGAGCGUGAUAAAGGGGUGUGGUUUCUUUUGGGGGAAAUUGCAUCCUUCCUUACUCCUGGCCAAGACGAUGAUGAGAUCAGUAACCUUAAAGGGGACGAGAAGGAACAUGAAGUCGUGCAUGAAUGCAAUACAUCAGAGGCAACACCUCAACUGGACUUGGAGGCUACCCAGCCAAUGUGUACAGACACGUUAGAGAGUCAAGACAAAGAAAGUGAUGAUGAGUUAGAAGCAGAUGGAGGAAACGUACACACACUUGAUCAGAUGCCUACCUGCACGACUGAACAACAAAACACAGAUCACACUGCUCAUCCUGCUGAAAUGAAAGAUGUUCAGCUAAAUAUAGCACACUUUGCUGCAAGGACAAAAUACCUUAAAUUCGAACAUAACUUUAAACAACGGGCUGCAGCCUGCAGUGCAUCAGAAAGUGAUGAGGAUCGUUCAAUCCAUUGCUCAACUGAUACUCUGUUAAACUGCAAAUGUACUGGAAAUAUAAGCAAGGAGGAAAAUCUGCCUCAGAGAAAACCAUCAGACACAGACAAACCUGAAAAGAAGGGAAAAAACCCUCAUCUUGAAGAACAGAUGUUGAGCCAGUCAUCAGGAGAGAAAAAAAUAUCCAUCUCUUUGGAACAACCUGAGGCCAAUAAAGUGAUCUUCGAUUUACUGAAAGAAAUUUCUGGAAAUUCAUACACCUUUAAACUCAUUAAGGCUGUUGUAACACCAUUCACACCACUGAUAAAUAAGAAAUUGAAUGCAUUUUUAAACAAGAUGAAUCCUUCAGAAGCUCAGAUUGCCUCCUACAUCGAUAGCCUUUGUGAGAACAUAUGGCCUGACCCGGCUGUACCGCAGCCACCACCUCAAAGCAGUGACAAGAAUGAGAUCAAGCAGAAAGCAAUGCAGAUCAUGACUUCCAAGUUUUCAGGCUUAGCAGUCAUCAACAAAACCAAUGUGGAGAGCAUUUUUAAGACCUUUCAGAAUGCAGAAGAAAACAAGAAGCUGGUUUAUAUGUUGCUGAAGUAUCUAUUGAGAAGGUUCUUGCCUGGAGAACCUGGUUUUAAUGUGAUGUCCAAGUAUAUGUGAAGCCUAUUAUUUAAUAUCAACAAAUACUACUUAAGUCAUUAUUAGAUGCCUUGUUCUAUUUUAUAUACAUUACUUGUGUGUGAACUUGGUGGUCCAAGACCACCUACAAAUGAAUCAGAAUAUAUGUCCUAUUGAAGACUUUGAUCAGUGGCACAGCAGUGGCACUCAGGGAGCUCAACUUGAUGUAGCAAGCAGUAUUUGUUUUGGUCAAAUUUGACCCAUUUUAAAAAAGUGACCGCAUUAAAACCAUCCUAAAUGCAAUCUUUUUUAUCCUUAAAUUUGAUUAGCUUUCCUAAAGUGACCCAAAAUGUACAAAAAUAUGUACACUUUUUGUACAGGUGCUACAAAUUUUUGUACAUUGAGGUUGUUCUGUGUCAAAUUUGACCUGUUCUAUUGACCUGCACUUUGGAACAACCUCCACCAACACAUUAGGUCUGCUUCAUCUAUUACAUAAUGUUUAUUUUGAUUAUUUCUAUUUUGAUAAUCAUGCUGCCUCCUAUUGCACAGCACUUUGGUCAACUCUCAUUGAAAUGUGAUCUAUGAAUAAACUUGACUUGAAAUGGAUUUUAGAUCCAACUGUAUGGGCCAAAUCAAGGAAAAUAGUAAUUUUAUGGCAUCUUGAAACUGAAACUGUACAUGCCAUGUCUGUGCAUAUUUUUUUAAACAGUGAAUGAGUAAAACAGCAUAGACAUGAUCUUAUAUAGUGCACAUAAAGAACAGUUAUAUGCUGCCUUAAUAAUCGUGUUUGAAAUGAACAGAAGGACUAAAAGGAUGACCUUUGACCUUUAACUUCUUUGCAUUUCAUGAGCUUAGUCAAGUGCUCCUGGAACUGGGAGACAGACACUGUGAGGCACUCCUUUAUGACUCCUUUUGGCAACAUCACCUUCCUUGCAUAACAGCACUGGUAAGGGCAAGUGAAGCGAAGUCAAGUAGUACUACAGAUUCCAUUUACUUUAAAACAUUGUGGCCUACAAGAAUAGCCCCACUAGACUCCACUACCCGCAACACACCUGACUUUUGUCAAAGGAUUUGAUUACACCACAUUGCCCAAUGUGUCAUUCACACCAUGCAGCUUUAUAAAUCACUUUUAGUUUCAGCCUUACUGUGAAGUAUAUGUUCAGUUUCCAUAGUGUCCUGGAUAUACCAAGCCUUUGAUAUUGGUUGAUCUCUUUGUAUCAUGACCUUUAUGGUUUUUGAUUUCACCUAUUCCUUGUUACUCCGCUUACUGGUCACCUUACCUGUGACGGUUCAUAUUUUGUUGAUUUUGCCUGGCAUUUUGGACUGUUUACCAGUGUAAAUAGUUUUUUUUUUACCUGUACCUGCAUCCUCUUCAGCAUUAUUGUUCAAGUUUGGUGAUUGUAAUGGUUAUAAAUUGUUAUAUAAUAA